UGGUGCAGAUUGACACCCCAAAGGACAAAUGGUCCGUGAUCAAACACACCAGGACGUACCCAACGGACUCCUUUGGCAUCAUUGAGUUCCAGGGAGGAGGAUUCAUCAACAAGGCCAUGUAUAUCCGGGUUUCAUAUGACACCAAACCUGACAACCUCCUGCAUUUGAUGGUGAAGGACUGGCAACUGGAGCUGCCCACCUUGCUCAUCUCUGUGCAUGGAGGUCUGCAGAACUUUGACCUCCAGCCCAAACUCAAGCAAGUGUUUGGCAAAGGUCUGAUCAAAGCGGCUGUCACCACUGGAGCUUGGAUCUUCACGGGUGGAGUCAACACGGGGGUGAUCCGUCAUGUCGGAGAUGCAUUAAAGGACCAUUCCUCUAAGUCACGAGGAAAAGUGUGUGCAAUAGGAAUUGCUCCAUGGGGGAUCUUGGAAAACAAAGAAGACCUCAUUGGAAAAGAUGUAACCAGACCCUAUCAGACGAUGGCAAACCCACUGAGCAAGCUGGCAGUGCUCAACAACAGUCAUUCUCACUUCAUCCUCACCGACAACGGAACCUGUGGGAAGUACGGCUCCGAGGUCAAACUCCGUCGACUGCUGGAGAAGCACAUCUCCUUGCAGAAGAUCAACACUCGUUUGGGUCAGGGGGUCCCUUUGGUGUGUCUGAUUGUGGAGGGAGGUCCAAAUGUUAUCUCCAUCGCCCUGGAGAGUCUGAGAGACGAGCCUCCCAUCCCUGUGGUAGUGUGCGACGGCAGCGGUCGAGCUUCUGACAUCAUUUCCUUUGCGCACAAGUUCUCAGAAGAUGGAGGCCUGGUUAAUGACGACGUCCGAGACCAGCUCUUAGUGACUAUUCAGAAGACAUUCAAUUAUACCAAAAGCCAAUCGCAGCAGAUCCUGCUCAUGGUAAUGGAGUGCAUGAAGAAAAGGGAACUGAUUACAGUUUUUCGAAUGGGUUCUGAGGGACAACAAGAUAUUGAAAUGGCCAUCCUCACUGCCUUGUUAAAAGGCACGAAUGCUUCAGCAGCAGAUCAGCUCAGUUUGGCUCUGGCCUGGAACAGAGUAGAUAUUGCUCGCAAUCACAUCUUUGUUUAUGGACACAAUUUACCACCUGCAGGUGCCAUCGCCAAUACAACAACCUCUGUAGCUACAACCCAGGAGAAAACCAAGAGUCCUGCCAGCGCUCCUCGCAACAAGACCCGGGCCAAAAAGGGAAAGGGGAAGGGAAAAGCAAAACCUGAACCUCCGGAGGAAACAGACCCGAGGAAGUUGGAGUUGAUUCGUUGGGUGAACUCUCUGGAGCAGGCUAUGAUGGAUGCUCUGGUGCUGGACAGAGUGGACUUUGUCAAACUGCUGCUUGAGAACGGGGUCAAUAUUCACCAUUUCCUCACCAUUCCCAGGCUGGAGGAGCUUUACAACACAAAACUUGGCCCUGCGAACACGCUGCAUGCUGUGGUUAGAGAUGUCAAAAAGGGAAACCUUCCUCCAGAUUAUCAGAUCACUUUGAUUGAUAUUGGUCUGGUGCUGGAAUACCUCAUGGGGGGAGCUUACAGGAGUAAUUACACCAGGAAGGUUUUCCGUAACCUCUACAAUAAUUUGUAUGGACUAAAAAGGCCAAAAGCGCUGAAGCUUCUUGGAAUGGAGGAUGACGAACCAAGAACCAAAGGCAAGAAAAAGCCAAAAAAGAAGAAGGAGGAAGAGGUGGAAAUUGAUGUGGAUGACCCUGAAGUGUGCAGAUUCAAGUUUCCCUUCCAUGAGCUGAUGCUUUGGGCGGUGCUGAUGAAGCGCCAGAAGAUGGCGCUAUUCCUCUGGCAGCGUGGAGAAGAAGCUAUGGCAAAGGCCUUGGUGGCUUGUAAACUGUACAAAGCCAUGGCCCAUGAGUGCUCUGAGAGUGAACUGGUGGAUGACAUCUCCCAAGAUCUGGAGAACAACUCCAAAGAGUUUGGCCAGUUGGCCUAUGAGCUGCUGGACCAGUCCUACAAGCACGAUGAACAGGUGGCCAUGAAACUUCUAACAUAUGAGCUGGUCAACUGGAGUAACUCCACCUGUCUGAAGCUGGCUGUGGCUGCUAAGCAACGUGACUUCAUCGCUCACACCUGCAGCCAGAUGUUGCUCACUGACAUGUGGAUGGGCUGCUUAAGGAUUGGAAAAAACCCUGGCCUCAAGGUUAUUCUGGGAAUCAUCUUUCCUCUUCUCAUUCUGCUGUUGGAUUUCCGUAUCGGAGAUGAUGCUUCCUAUCAUGUACCUGAAGGCAAAGAAGACGGAAAAGACAAGGAUGAUGACACAAAGUCCAGCAAGGAGGGUAACACGGACGCAACUUCCCGAAAGGGAGAUGAAGAGGAAGGAAGCACUAAAGUCCGCAAAAUCCCCAUUGGCAAAAGGUUCUUUGAGUUUUACGACGCACCGUUCACUAAAUUCUGGUUCAACACUAUUUGCUAUCUUGGCUACUUAAUGUUGUACAACUACAUCAUCCUGGUGAAAAUGGAGCGAUGGCCAUCUAUACAGGAGUGGACUGUAAUUGCAUACAUCCUCACACUUGGCUCUGAAAAAGUCAGACAGAUUCUGAUGUCAGAACCAGGGAAGCUGAAACAGAAGAUAAGUGUUUGGAUGGAGGAAUACUGGAACAUCACAGACCUGGUUGCAAUUUCCACCUUCCUUCUGGGGCUCAUGUUGCGGCUCCAGCAUGAACCGUACAUGGGCUACGGCCGAGUCAUCUACUGCAUAGACAUCAUCUUCUGGUACAUUCGAGUAUUGGACAUCUUUGGAGUCAACAAAUACCUGGGACCCUAUGUGAUGAUGAUAGGGAAGAUGAUGAUCGAUAUGAUGUACUUUGUGGUGAUCAUGCUGGUGGUGCUCAUGAGCUUCGGGGUGGCUCGGCAGGCCAUCCUUCACCCAGAUGAGGAGCCAACAUGGCGCCUGGCCAGGAACAUUUUCUACAUGCCCUACUGGAUGAUCUAUGGGGAGGUUUUUGCGGACUCGAUAGACCUCUACGCAAUGGAAAUCAACCCUCCAUGUGGUGAACAUUUAUAUGAUGAGGAUGGGAAGAAGCUGCCUCCAUGUAUCCCUGGAGCCUGGCUCACACCUGCUAUUAUGGCCUGUUACCUCCUCGUGGCAAACAUUCUUCUGGUCAACUUGCUCAUUGCAGUGUUCAACAACACCUUCUUUGAAGUCAAGUCCAUUUCCAACCAGGUGUGGAAGUUUCAGAGAUAUCAGCUGAUCAUGACUUUCCAUGACCGUCCCAUCCUGCCUCCACCUCUCAUCAUCUUCAGUCACCUCUACAUCCUCUUCAACAGGCUGUUUCGGCGAUGUGCCAGGAAGAAACAGGAGGGAGAGCUGGAUGAGAAGGACCGAGGCCUCAAACUCAGGCUGAAUCCAGAGGAGCUUAAAAAUUUGUAUGAGUUUGAAGAGCAGUGUGUGGAGGAAUAUUUCCGUGAGAAAGAGGACGAGCAGCAGUCCUCCAGUGAUGAACGUAUCAAGGUUACUUCAGAGAGGUAAACCGCUAUCAGGCAUACGGCUUAAAAAACAAACAUUUUUUAACACAUUAACUGUACAGUGUGAACAAUCUUCUGUAGUUUUAUAGGUUGGCCCCAUUUUGUAAAAUUACAGAUAACUACUAAAAUCAAAGAAAUAGUAUUAAUUUGCAUAUUAAACAUAACUGUCAAAACUGUGAGUAAUAUCUGUAUUUUUACAUAUGGUGUUCAUUCUUUUACAGCAUUUUCACUGUCUACUUUAAGUCAGGAAAAAAAAUGUUAUUUUACAAAUAUUUGAGAGAACGGUGUACAUAUUAAGGAUUGAAAAAUAGCAAAUGUUCUUAAACUGUCAUUUUAAAGAUUUUGUUAAAUUUGUUAAAUUUCCGAUAUCUGAUAAAAAAUCACAAAAGUAUACAUCAAACUAUAUGAUAUGUCACAAAUAAAAAGAACUGGUCAAACUGCACAUAAUGGUCAUAAAAAUCUGUAUGUUUACAAGUAGCAAUUUGUUUUUUUAAUAUGUGCAACUGUAAAGUUAGUUUUACUGUAUUUCAAUUAGCUAGAAAUAUCAAUAU